AUGAAGAUCUUCAUUCUUUUUAGCUUUGCUUUUGCAUGUAGUUUUAUGAAAAUUGUUGUUUCAAAUGCUAAUCCUGUUUCAUAUGAAGCUAUUUUUAACUUUGGUGAUUCUAUAAGUGAUACUGGAAAUGCUGCUACUUAUAAUCCGGCUAUGCCUAGCAAUAGUCCUUAUGGCUCAACAUAUUUUAAACAUCCCUCUGGGCGUAUGUCGGAUGGACGAUUAAUAAUCGAUUUUAUAGCCGAAGCAUAUGGAUUGCCAAUGUUGCCUGCCUAUUUGAAUCUUACCAAAGAACAAGACAUUCGAAAAGGAGUAAACUUUGCAUAUGCUGGUGCAACUGCCCUCUCUGAGAAUUUUUUCUUACAAAAGCAAGUUAAUAUACCAGUGGCAGCUGCUUAUUCAUUGAAUGUUCAACUUGAUUGGUUUAAGAAGCUUAAGUCUUCCCUUUGUCAAAAUAAAGAAGAGUGUGAUAAUUUAUUUAAAAAAUCACUAUUUAUAGUUGGAGAGAUUGGAGGAAAUGAUAUUAAUGCGCUUAUACCAUAUAAAAAUAUUACUGCACUUCAAGAGUUGGUUCCACCAAUUGUUGAAGAAAUUACCAACAUCACAACUAAAUUAAUAGAAGAAGGAGCAGUAGAGCUAGCGGUGCCAGGAAACUUUCCAAUUGGAUGCAAUUCUGGUGUUUUGACAAUAGUGAAUAGCGAUAAGAACGAUGACUAUGACCAAUUUGGAUGCUUAACUUCUUACAAUGAUUUCAUUGAAAAUUAUAAUGAGCAAAUAAAAAAGGCCAUAGAUAUAUUAAGACAGAAGAAUUCACAAGUUAAGAUAAUAUAUUUUGACUAUUAUGGUGCUGCUAAACGUUUAUUUCAAGCUCCACAAGAAUAUGGCUUUCCUUCAGAAAGAAAAGAAACUUUUAAAGCAUGUUGCGGAAAAGGUGAACCUUACAAUGUUGAUAUAAAUAUAUUUUGUGGAAGUCCUGCUUCAAUAACUUGUUCAGAUCCUUCAAAACAUAUAAAUUGGGAUGGAGUUCACUUUACUGAAGCAGCAUAUAAGCAAAUUGCAAAAGGAAUUCUUGAAGGCUCUUUUGCAAAUCCUCCUCUUAGAUCCCCUCCUAUCAAGAUAGAAUAA